AUGGCUUCUCAAAUCCCCAGCAAGUUUGACAUCAACACCACCUAUACCAUGAACUCAGGCUACAGGAUUCCUGCUCUUGGCUACGGUGUGUAUCAGACGCCAGCAGCUGAAUGUGAAAGUGUCACUCUUCAUGCCUUCAAGACUGGAUAUCGACAUGUUGACUCGGCUCGAGUAUAUCGCAACGAACAGCCAUGUGCUGACGCCAUCCGUGCUUCCGGAUUGAAGCGAGAAGAUAUCUUCUUCACCAGCAAGGUUCCUCCAAAGUCUAUGAGCUACGAGGCCGCAAAGAAGUCGAUCGAAUCCACUUUCAGCCAGACUGGACUCGAGUACGUUGACCUUUACCUGAUUCAUGCUCCUCAUGGUGGCAAAGAAGCCAGAUUAGGUGCGUGGAAAGCGCUUGUCGAAGCUCAGAAAGAGGGGAAGAUCCGAUCGAUUGGUGUCUCGAACUACGGCGUCCAUCAUCUCAACGAACUUGAAGAGUAUAUUAAGACGUCUGGUGUCGGAGGUACAAUCGAUGUGGGCCAGUGGGAGAUUCACCCUUGGCUGCCGCGCAAUGAUAUUGUGGAAUGGUCACGCAAGAGGAACGUUGUGAUCGAAGCUUACUGUCCGAUCGUCCGCGGCGAACGUAAGGAUGAGCCUGUCCUCAAGAAGCUUGCUGAGAAGCACGGCAAGACUUGGUCACAGAUACUAUUACGUUGGAGUCUGCAGAAAGGAUAUGUGCCGCUACCGAAGAGUGUUACUCCCUCCAGGAUCGAAGAGAACGCGGCCAUUUAUGACUUCAAACUUGACGAGGAUGACAUGAAAAGCCUCGACUUCCCGGAGUCGUAUGGACCAUGUUCUUGGGAUCCUACCGUGAGCAACGACUAA